UGAUUCGUCUGUUGCCGUCGUCGUUCUACUCUCACCUCCUCCCCCUCCAGUUCGUGAAUAAAAUUUGCGGAAAGUUUGCUUUUAUCUACGACCACACUGCAGCAUUUGAAGGCCGACCAGCUGAAAUGGUGUUUAAAGUGACUGUCAACAAUGCCUGGAGGGCAACGAGGACGCUGUGGCUGCUCGUCCUAGUGAGUCUGUCCGUAUGCAUCUGUGUUUGCCGAGCAUCAUCACCUCAGGAAGACAGUGCCAUGGAGAACAUCGACACAGAGAAAAAGGCUGAGGAGAGCCACAGGCAGGACAGCGCAGACCUACUCAUCUUCAUCAUGCUCCUCACCCUCACCAUCCUGACCAUCUGGUUGUUCAAACACCGGCGGUUCAGGUUUCUCCACGAAACCGGACUGGCAAUGAUUUAUGGCUUACUUGUUGGCGUGGUCUUGCGCUACGGCAUCCAUGUUCCUCGGGACAUCAGCAAUGUUACGAUGAGCUGCCACGUUAAUGCCAGCCCAGCCACUCUGCUGAUCAACGUCAGUGGCAAAUUCUAUGAGUACACUCUGAAAGGAGAGAUCAAUGCCAAUGCAGUGGGCGACGUGCAAGAUAAUGAGAUGCUGCGAAAGGUGACCUUUGACCCUGAAGUGUUCUUCAAUAUUCUCCUACCACCUAUCAUCUUCCAUGCUGGUUACAGCUUGAAAAGGAGACACUUUUUCCUUAACAUGGGAUCGAUCCUGGCUUACGCCUUUCUGGGAACAGUUGUUUCUUGUUUUGUUAUUGGGCUGCUGAUGUACGGCUGCGUGGUGCUAAUGAAGCAGGUGGGACAGCUGGGUGGAGACUUCUUCUUCACAGAUUGCCUCUUCUUUGGUGCCAUUGUCUCUGCCACAGACCCUGUGACAGUGCUGGCUAUCUUCAAUGAGCUGCAGGUAGACGUGGAUCUGUAUGCCUUGCUGUUUGGAGAGAGUGUGCUCAACGAUGCAGUGGCCUUGGUGCUUUCCUCGUCUAUAGUUGCAUACCAGCCAGAAGGAAACAACAGUCACACCUUUGAGGUCAUGGCAAUGCUGAACUCUUUUGGGGUUUUCCUUGGAGUUUUCAGCGGCUCCUUUGCUCUGGGAGUGGCCACCGGAGUUGUCACCGCACUCGUGACUAAGUUCACUAAGCUGAGGGAUUUCCAGCUGUUGGAGACGGCUCUGUUCUUCCUCAUGUCAUGGAGCACAUUCCUGCUGGCUGAGGCCUGUGGCUCUACAGGCGUGGUCGCAGUGCUAUUCUGUGGAAUCACUCAGGCCCACUAUACCUACAACAACCUGUCUCCUGAGUCCCAGGACAGGACCAAGCAGCUGUUUGAACUGUUAAAUUUCCUGGCAGAGAACUUCAUUUUCUCCUACAUGGGUUUGACCCUGUUCACCUUCCAGAGCCAUGUCUUCAAUCCCAUGUUCAUCGUUGGAGCUUUUCUGGCAGUGUUCCUUGGAAGAGCUGCUAACAUCUACCCUCUCUCGUUCCUUCUGAAUCUGGGACGACGCAACAAGAUCAGAUCCAACUUCCAGCACAUGAUGAUGUUUGCAGGACUGCGAGGCGCGAUGACCUUCGCCCUGUCCAUCAGGGACACGGCGACAUACGCUCGCCAGAUGAUGUUUUCCACCACUCUGCUCGUGGUCUUCUUUACCGUUUGGAUUUGUGGAGGUGGCACCACUCAGAUGCUGUCCUGCCAGCAUAUCCGUGUGGGGGUGGACUCUGAUCAAGAUAACUCAAUGAGUGUCGUUGAAGGCUCAGAGAGAAGAAGCACCAAACAAGAAAGUGCCUGGCUUUUCAGAAUUUGGUACAACUUCGACCACAACUACCUGAAGCCCAUCCUGACUCACAGUGGCCCCCCUCUCACGGCCACGCUGCCUCCCUGCUGCGGCCCCCUCGCCCGCUUCCUCACCAGUCCUCAGGCCUAUGAGAAUGAGUGCCAGCUCAAAGAUGACGACUCUGACCUCAUCCUGAACGACGGCGAUAUCAGCCUGACCUAUGGCGACAUUACCGUCAGUACAGAUGCCACAGGCGCCCACACCAGUGGCGGCCCAGGCUUUGCUGGUGCUGCCUCCUUUGAUGACUUGGACAGAGAGUUGGCUUAUGGCGAUCAUGAGCUCGUGAUGAGGGGCACACGUCUGGUGCUGCCCAUGGAUGACUCAGAGCCGCCUUUUACAGACCCCCACAACCGCUUGCAGAUGUGAGGAUAGUCCCUCAACGCAGACCCAGACAACCGUCCGACUAUCACUGACCCGAGCCAUCGACCAAUACCCACUCCUUCUUUCACUCUUCCACUUUUUGUUCUCGUACCUUGACGCACUGCUCUCACUUUUUCUUUUUUUUCCCGCACAUAUCCUCACUGUUACAUUUUCUCACUUCCUCUAGUGGCAAAUCACUGUCUCUACCUCAUUCUCGUUCUGCUUGUUUCCACACCUUUUUGGCAUCUGCCAUAAUUGUAAAAUAGUCUUGUUUAUUUGCAGGAUUUUUUGGUAUUCAGUUGAAUCUUAGUUCGGUUGUGUGUCAGUUACCUUACUGUAGCAUUGCACAGAGGUCUAGCAGCAUGUGUUAGUGUGUAAAUGCAAGUAUCGAGCACUAGCUAAUUUGUCGAUGUACAGUAUAUCACAGAGUAUUAUAACUUUGAUAUGCAUGCUGAGGAUGCUUGUUGUUUUCUUUGUAUGGGAGGUCGGGGACUUUGUGUUUUGGGUCUGACCUUGAAUGUUGCUGCCUUGUCUCUGUGCAUCAGAGGCGUGCUGACCCAGUGGACAACUUUACUGUACAUUUUGUCACAAUCAAGUGCCUGGGAAUUGUAGUUGAAAGCCUGGCAACCCAACAGCUCCGGAAAGCAGAGCCAGUUCAGGAUGGGCAGUCAUAGCAGUUGUAGUUUUCCUUUGUAAAAAGAAAAUAAUACUAAAAACUAAACUUACACCUCUGUCCAUAAGGUAGCAAUAUACUCCGUGGGUGUUUGGGCUGUCAGUUUGUGCUAAUUGCUUGUAAAUAGUGUGUAACAAUAUGAGCUGAUGCAGUGUAACCUGGCAGUGAAAGUUGUGGAUCUCUCUCAAUGACCUUUGACUGUGACAUAGAGAGGGACUUUACACCUUAUUUUCGAAGCUGAUGUUGCUCACAGCAGAACAAAGGGCUGUUCUGAAAACGAGAUCCAAAUGAGUUUUAAUGGAGAAAGCUUUGUGCCAUUCUGUCCUGCAUUUUGACAUUUUGUGAAAACUGAAUGCAGACAACCUUAAAGUAUUUUCUAUUAUUUUUGCAACAGAGCUUAAGUACUUUAAGCUGAACCAUAUUUGUCAUACACAUAUAGCUUUGUGCGUACAUUUUCUAUUACGAUUGUGCAUUAAUGUCGAGACUUUGGAUCAAAUUUUCUUAUUAAAUGACCCAAUGACACACACAGGUACAUAAAUUUGACACUAAUGGAACAAAGUACCGUUAUUGGUAGGCACACAAAUGAUUUUGUGAGUAUAAUUUUGGCAAAUCCAAAAUACAUUGUCUGACUUUAUUAGAGCUGCUAUCAGUGAUUUAAAUUUUAUUUAUUUUAUUUAAUCGAUUAAACAAUUUUGUGUGAAAAAUGGCCAUCACAAUUUCCCAGAGCUCAAGUUGACAUAUUUUAAUGUCUGGUUUUGAUGCAUUUUUGCUUUAAAAUAUUAGAUUUACUGAACAAUUAAUCGACUAAUUGUUGUAGCCCUAGAUUUUAUUCAGUGAUGCCAUUAAGCCAGUGAAUAAGACGGAAAGGGCCACCAGAGGACUAUUCUAAUAAAUUCAUCCCUGAAAUGAGCAGAUAUUUUUGUGGUACUGUGGCAGUUCAUCAUUUUGAGGAUUGCUGAAAUAGAACAACAGUAGUUGUUUCCAUGCUGGAUGUUUCUCUCUGCUGUAUGGUUCUUGAUUAAUGGUUCGUGGUUAAACAGGAGUUUGACAGCAUUAAGAUGCAUAAAGUCUUAAAAAUACGUAAUAUUAAAAGGGUACUAGUGAAUGAAUGUGUUACAUUUAACUUGUAGCCCGGAACUGAAGUUUUAGUGAUCUCCUUCGAGUACAGCAGCUGUUAAUGCGGGUUUAACAGGAAGCGUUGACAGGGUGUCACUGUGGCAACACUGUGUUGAUAUGGACAGAAGCCAGGAAACACUCAUAACAUGGCGACGUAGUUUAAUGGUUGUGCGGUUCAUCCUCUCUGUGAGCCAGAGAAGUGCAUGUAUGCAAAAUGGAUGCAAGAGGCUGGUAACAGGGUUAAAGAAGAGAGUGACAGAAAUCGAUGAUAAGAGAGAAAUAUGAGGAUAGUUAGGCCUGUGUGUGUGUGUGUGUGUGUGUGUGUUAGGGAUGAUACAGAGGUGGAAGGAAGAGUCAACAAUUAUCUUCUGCUGUGCAGGAACUUCUUGAAAGUGUUUUUUUAUUAAUCAGACAUGCCUCUUGACACCACACAUCGGCCAGGAAAUGAUUUGUUCUUUCCACCAUUUUAUACAUUUUAUUUGUGUUGUCAUUGAAUUAUAUUUUGUAGAGGGGAAACAAUGAAGUAAAAAAAUGAUUUGCACUCUGUCCACUGAGAAUGUUUUAUUAUUUUGCUAUGAUAUUUGUUUUGUCUAACAGCUGCUUUUCUAUUAUUUACCGUAUGUUUUGGAGGGUUGUGGAAAACUGGGCAAAUUCAUGUCAGUUUAAUGAACCUCGAAUUCAUGUUCAGUAGAAGUUAAGUUGGUUCAUUGAUGUUACUUUGUAAAGAAUUAAUUCCACAUCGCAGCUGAGAGGGAUAAAAGCCCUUUCAUACUGUUGUACCAUCUUAUCAUUUUACCAUUCAGGUACUUUGUAUGUAUGUUCGCAUCAAAGUGCUGUCUGAAUGCUGUUGCCAUGAUGUCUACAGAGCAUGAAUUAUCUUCCACUGAUGGCGAAAAAAUAAAAAAAAUGUAUAUAUACAUGCAGGAUUAUGCGCCACUGUUCUUCAACUGACACAUUAAAUAAUGUGAAAACUGCAAAUGCUGAUAUAGGUUUUGGUGUUUGCCUACUGCUCUGCUGGUAUGUGUUCCCUCUCUGUUCUCUGAAUGGUGACUUGUAAUGGGCUUUGAUCAUUGGAAAUCUUGUCUGAAGUAGCUGACCAAAGAGGCCUGCUGUGCUUUGUGUUUUCAGACAGUCCACUCGAUCUUUAUACUGCAAAUUUUCUCUGUGUGUGAAUGUGCGCCUGCAAGUGCAUAUGAAUGUGUGUACUUGUGUGUGUGUGUGUGUGUGUGUGUGUGUGUGUGUGCGAGCAAAAAGAGAGAAAGGGAGACAAUGUGUUCUCUCUCUCCUUUCCUCCAUGUUGCAGGUAUUGACUGUUUACAUCUGUGUAAAUAUACUCUCACCUGUUCAUGUGCGUGCAACGGUCAAUAAACAGAAGCCUGUGCUUUUGAUUAAA